AUGGCGGACGAUGAGACCGAAGCUGCCUCCUUCCAGGCACAAGCCUUGAGUACUGAGCCGCAAGUCUCCAUCGAGGAAAAUGCCGAUAGCUCGGAUUCAGAUGAUUACGAUCCAUCACAGGCAUUGGGGGAUCAAUAUACAACCUCGUUUUCUAAUCCUCAUCAAACUGAUGAUGGCCCCACUGGUGACUCUCCCCCGGAUGAUAUCGAAGAUUCCGCCCCCAAUCCACCCAUCACAUCGGACAACGAAGCAAGCGACGCUCUUGAUCCUUCUCAGAACCCCUCACGCGCUGAGUCUCAGACUUCAACGGCCGCUUCACCCUCCGGUGAUGCGGUGCAGCCCAAGACCAGAAUAAUUGGUGGAUUUGAGGUUGAUCAGGACGAAGAUGAAGAGGGUGAUGCGGAUUAUGAGCCCCCAGCUGUACUUGAGGACGAGGAUGAUAUUCCCGUGACAGUUUCUGAAGAUCUCAGUUCAGGAAAUGCAAUUCAAAACACUUCCACCCUUGAUGUACCAUCACACCAAGCUGAGCAGGAACCUGCCAGUGGGCCAGAUCUUUCAAAUAGUUCUUAUUCUCCUGCUCAUGUUCCUAAUAUUGAUUCUUCUUUUGUCUCUGGCCAAUCUCACUGGCCCGCGCAGAAUUUGCAAUCCACAGCUAUGCAGAACAGUACUGCCCCUACUCCUGUACCCGACUCUCCUUCCGCACAGGGACGUCUUGCCCAUGACCGCGUGGGAAUCCUGGAAGAUCGAAUCGAGGAGGACCCCCGAGGAGAUAUCCCUGCAUGGUUGGAGUUAAUUGCCGAACACAGAAGCCGUGGCAGACUAGACAGUGCUCGAGAAACCUACGAACGCUUUUUGAAGUUGUUCCCCAUGGCGGCUGACCAAUGGGUGGCAUACGCCAACAUGGAGUCCGAACUCAACGAAUUGUUUCGCUUAGAGCAGAUCUUCAACCGAACACUCUUGACGAUUCCUAGCGUCCAUCUUUGGUCUGUGUACCUUGAUUACGUCCGCCGUCGUAACCCCUUGACCACGGAUGCCUCUGGACAGGCAAGAAGAACCAUCUCGUCCGCAUAUGACCUGGCCAUUCAGUACGUCGGCAUGGACAAGGAUUCCGGCAACAUCUGGACGGACUACAUUGAGUUUAUCCGUUCUGGGCCAGGGAGUGUAGGAGGAUCCGGCUGGCAGGAUCAACAAAAGAUGGAUUUACUGCGAAAGGCCUAUCAGCGUGCUAUCAGCGUUCCCACUCAAGCCGUCAAUACGUUGUGGAAGGAGUACGAUCAAUUUGAGAUGGGGCUGAAUAAACUCACGGGCCGAAAAUUCUUGCAAGAACAUUCGCCGUCCUACAUGACCGCGCGCAGCUCCUACACUGAGCUGCACAACAUCACACGAGAUUUGGUCCGCACCUCGCUCCCUCAGAUGCCCCCAAUGCCCGGAGCCGAAGGUGAUGCUGAAUUUUCGGCGCAGGCGAACAUCUGGAAGCGUUGGAUCGCUUGGGAAAAGGAAGAUCCUUUGGUGCUCAAGGAGGACGACGCUGCUGCUUUCAAAACUCGUGUGAUCUACUUCUACAAACAGGCUCUCAUGGCGAUGAGCUUUUUGCCCGAGAUAUGGUUUGAUGCUGCUGAGUUUUGCUUCUUGAACGACAUGGAGAGCGAAGGCACCGAGUUCCUGAAACAGGGCCUUGAGGCAAAUCCAGAGAGCUGCUUGCUGACCUUCAAACGCGCGGACAGAUUGGAGGUUACUUCUGAUUCCGAGCAAGAUUCUACCAAGCGUGCGGCCAAGGUCCGGGAGCCUUACGAUAAACUACUCGACGCACUGUACGAGUUGAUCAACAAGGCCCGCAACCGGGAAACACAAGAUGUUACACAGAUCGAAGAGGCUUUUGCCCCCCAAACAACCGAAAGCCAACCUCAAAGUGAGGACGAAGAUGACCCUGAAGCAAAGGAAAGAGAAGCGGCGAAAACAGCACAGAUUGAUGCAGUCCGCAAAGCCCAUGCCGUUCAGAUCAACCUUCUUUCUAGGACUGUUUCCUUCGCAUGGAUUUCACUGAUGCGUUCCAUGCGUCGAAUCCAGGGCAAAGGAAAGCCUGGCGAAUUGGCUGGGUCUCGACAGAUUUUUGCCGAAGCCCGAAAGCGCGGUCGGAUUACCAGCGACGUUUACAUUGCCAGCGCUCUGAUGGAAUACCAUUGCUACAAGGACCCCGCCGCCACCAAGAUAUUUGAGAGGGGCGCAAAACUAUUCCCAGAAGACGAGAAUUUUGCACUCGAAUAUUUGAAACAUCUGCUCGACAUCAAUGAUGUCAUCAAUGCCAGAGCUGUGUUCGAAACGACCGUGAGGAAAUUAGCAUCAAAUCCCGAGAAUGUUCACAAGGCCAAGCCUAUAUUUUCCUUCCUUCACGGGUAUGAGUCUCGAUACGGCGAUCUCACUCAGGUGAUCAACCUGGAGACUCGCAUGCGCGAGCUCUAUCCCGAUGAUCCUGCUUUGGACCAAUUUGCUCAUCGUUACGCCAUCCCCACCUUCGAUCCUACAUCUGUGCGACAUAUCUUGUCGCCAUCCCAGACACGACCAAAGACUACUACCAUGGCAGGCUAUACUACAGAGAUGCAAGGUUCUCCCGCACCCAGAUACAUGGAUGUCUCGCUUAAUUCACCGAAAAGACCGUAUCCUGCCGACGAGUAUGAUGAUGAUGACAACCGUCCGCGCAAAUUUGCUCGCGCUGAGUCCCCAAUGAAGGUUGGGCAAACUCGACGCCUUGACCAGCCAAAGCGGGUGCAGCAGCUAAACGGUCAAACCACUUCAUACAAGCCUCAAGGAUCCCCUACACCCCUGCCCCGGGAAGUGGUCACUUUACUGAGCAUUAUCCCUCCCGCCCACGCAUACAACAUUUCACGCCUGUCUCCAGAGAAAAUGAUUGACCUUCUUCGCCGCGUUGAUAUCCCUGCCACCACUGCUCAAAUACCACUACCGCAAAAUUCUGGCGGGGGAAUGACCCAAUACUCCGAUUCUGCGAUUGCCCAGAACCCUAUUGCAUUCAUCGGCGUCGAGCUGUCUGGCAUCAUUCCAAAUGGGGCUCAGGCUCCAACGUUUGCUUGCUGA